CAGAUGACGCUGAUGACAGUAUCCAGUAAUAUUAGGUUAUGUAUCUCAUAUCACCGAGUGUAUUCUUGAUUUAUAACUUAUGAUUGUUUUGCCCCCCAUAUGAAGAAAGAAUAAUAUAUUUAUUUAAAUGUUAAUUUUAUUAUGAGAGAACUUGAACAUAUUUAUUAAUUAUUAAUUAUCAAUUGCAUAUUCAUUAAAGAGAAUAUUAUAAAAAAUGUCAUUAACAUCGCGAUUAUUUUUACAAUAUUUAUGUCGAUUUAAAUGGCAAAGACGACAUAGUACUUUGGCUAAUGUAUCGCCAAAAGAUAUACGAAAUGAACAAUUUCAAACGUUCCGUACAAUAGAAUCCAAUCCAAUAAAUCAUAACGAACAACAUUUGAAUAGAUUAUAUACAAUACCAGACAAUAUUGUUCAAACAUUUUAUAAAAUUAAUGGAAUUCCCAACAAUUUUUUAGCCCUAGCGAAUACUUUCAAUGAAUGUUCAUUAUUAGUUAGAAAUCCUGUGAUAGAAAUAUUGUCAUACCUAGAACAGGCUGAUUAUAGUAGGCCUAUAAACAAAUAUCUAUUAUAUGGAAAAUAUGGUACAGGAAAAUCAUUAGUGAUAACGCAUAUAUUACAUUACGCUUUUAUGAAGGAGAUGAUCAUAGUUCACGUACCUACUCCUAAUCGUUGGUUUAUGUUUCCAAAAGAAAUAGCUAAUUCAAUCACAAUGCCAGGUAUUAUAGAUUUACCGAUCGAUGCAGGAAAAUGGUUAUUAUAUUUUAAAAGUCAGAAUAAUGAUCUUUUAUCAAAACUUGAUCUUAGAAUAUCGAAAGAUUAUCAAUGGAAUGUAAGAGAAUUAUCAUCAAAGGGUACUCCCUUGUUAGAAAUGAUUGAGUUUGGUAUUAACAGAGUGAGAUAUGCAACAGGUGUAAUAGAUGCAUUAUUGACCGAAUUAAAAGAAUCUAGCAUCGCAGGAAAGUGUAAAGUUUUAGCAGCUAUAGAUGGUUACAACGCAUUUUGGUCAGAUCAUACCAGAAUACGUAAUGAUGCUAAAAUAUGGAUGAAGCCUCAACAAAUAUCAUUAACUUUGUCUUUUAUAAAUUUCGUAAAAGAUGAUUGGUGCAAUGGAGCUGCUGUGUUGGUAGUAGAUGUUAGAGCAUGCAAGGAAAGAAAGGAGUCUGAUAAUCCUCGAUAUUUACUUGGUAAAGAGGGCUUUGAAUUUACAGAUCCUUUCCUACCCGUUUGGGUAAAAAAUUACAAUAAAACAGAAUUUGAAUCAAUAAUGGAAUAUUAUAAUGACCGAAAGUGGAUAAGAAAUUUAACUCCAGAAGGAUUAAUAGAAAUAUGGGCAUUGACUGCCGGAAAUCCAUUGGAAAUAAUGAAACUUUGUAGAUCUUUAUAAAAAUAUUGCAAAUAAAGUGACAUAUAGAAAAAAAUAAGCAGCGAUUUAAACCUUGCAAUACUUUAUUGAUUAUUAUAUUAUUAUAAUCCAUAAAAUUUA